CCCGGCCCCUGAAUGGGCUCGCGGUGCUGGCUCCGGCCCUCCCGCGUCCGGCCCUCGCUCCCGCCCCGCCCCGCCCCGGCCUCGCCGGCCGCCGCCAUCCACCGCGCCGGCCGUGAAUGAAAGGCAGGCGCCGCCGGGGGCUGGCUGCAGGCGACGCGGCGACGCAGCCUCCCGGGAGGCGCUGGCCCCGCCGAGAUGUACGGUGUGUGUGGCUGCUGUGGUGCCCUACGCCCCAGGUACAAAAGGCUGGUUGACAACAUCUUCCCUGAGGAUCCCGAGGAUGGCCUGGUGAAGACCAACAUGGAGAAGCUCACCUUCUAUGCCCUCUCAGCUCCAGAAAAGCUAGAUCGUAUCGGCGCCUACCUUUCCGAGAGGCUCAUCCGUGACGUGGGUCGUCAUCGAUAUGGGUACGUGUGCAUUGCCAUGGAGGCGCUGGACCAGCUGCUCAUGGCCUGCCAUUGCCAGAGCAUCAACCUCUUUGUGGAGAGCUUCCUCAAGAUGGUGGCCAAGCUGCUGGAGUCAGAGAAGCCCAACCUGCAGAUCCUCGGCACCAACUCGUUUGUGAAGUUUGCCAACAUCGAGGAGGACACCCCUUCCUACCAUCGCAGCUAUGACUUCUUUGUGUCCCGCUUCAGUGAAAUGUGCCACUGCAGCCAUGAUGACUUGGAAAUCAAGACGAAAAUCCGAAUGUCGGGCAUCAAAGGUCUGCAAGGGGUGGUGAGGAAGACAGUGAAUGACGAAUUGCAGGCCAAUAUCUGGGACCCACAGCACAUGGACAAGAUCGUGCCAUCGCUGCUUUUCAAUCUGCAGCACGUGGAGGAGGCGGAGAGCCGCUCUCCCUCGCCCCUCCAAGCACCAGAGAAGGAAAAGGAGAAUCCGGCAGAGCUGGCCGAGAGAUGCCUUCGGGAACUACUGGGCCGGGCUGCCUUUGGCAACAUCAAAAACGCCAUCAAGCCUGUUCUCAUCCAUCUGGAUAACCAUUCUCUCUGGGAGCCCAAGGUGUUCGCCAUCCGCUGCUUUAAGAUCAUCAUGUACUCCAUUCAGCCGCAGCACUCCCACCUGGUUAUCCAGCAGCUCCUGAGCCACCUGGAUGCCAACAGCCGCAGCGCAGCCACGGUGCGGGCAGGCAUCGUGGAGGUCCUGUCGGAAGCUGCAGUCAUCGCUGCCACUGGCUCCGUCGGGCCCACGGUACUGGAGAUGUUCAACACUCUGCUGAGGCAGCUGCGGCUCAGCAUCGACUACGCGCUGACCGGGAGCUACGACGGAGCCAUCAGCCUGGGCACCAAGAUCAUCAAGGAGCAUGAAGAGCGCAUGUUCCAGGAGGCAGUCAUCAAGACCAUAGGCUCGUUUGCCAGCACGUUGCCCACUUAUCAGCGCUCUGAGGUGAUCCUCUUCAUCAUGAGCAAGGUCCCACUGCCUUCCCUGCAUCACCCCAUGGAGACGGGGAGGACCGGGGAGAAUAGGAACCGGCUGACCCAGAUUAUGCUGCUGAAAUCGCUCCUUCAGGUAUCCACAGGUUUCCAGUGCAACAACAUGAUGUCAGCCCUGCCCAGCAACUUUCUUGACCGCCUUCUCUCCACUGCCCUCAUGGAGGAUGCAGAGAUCCGCCUCUUCGUUCUAGAGAUUCUCAUCAGUUUCCUUGAUCGUCAUGGCAACCGCCACAAGUUCUCUACCAUCAGUACCCUCAGUGACAUCUCUGUCCUGAAGCUGAAAGUGGACAAGUGCUCCCGGCAGGACACCGUCUUCAUGAAGAAGCACUCCCAGCAGCUCUACAGACACAUCUACCUGACCUGUAAGGAGGAAACAAACAUACAGAAGCACUAUGAAGCACUAUACAGCUUGCUGGCGCUCAUCAGCAUCGAGCUGGCCAACGAGGAGGUGGUGGUAGACCUCAUCCGCCUGGUGCUGGCUGUUCAGGACGUGGCGCAGGUCAACGAAGAGAACUUGCCCGUGUAUAACCGCUGUGCCCUCUAUGCGCUGGGCGCCGCCUACCUCAACCUCAUCAGCCAGCUCACCACGGUGCCUGCCUUCUGCCAGCACAUCCAUGAGGUGAUAGAGACCCGGAAGAAAGAGGCUCCGUACAUGCUCCCUGAGGACGUGUUUGUGGAGAGGCCCAGGCUGUCUCAGAAUCUUGAUGGAGUGGUGAUUGAGUUCCUCUUCCGCCAGAGCAAGAUCAGUGAAGUCCUGGGGGGCAGUGGCUACAAUUCAGACAGGCUCUGCCUGCCCUACAUCCCUCAGCUGACAGAUGAGGACCGCUUAUCCAAGAGGAAGAGCAUUGGAGAAACCAUUUCCCUGCAGGUGGAGGUGGAAUCUAGGAACAGCCCAGAGAAGGAGGAGCGAGUGCCUGCAGAGGAGAUCACCUAUGAGACACUAAAGAAGGCCAUUGUGGACAGUGUGGCAGUGGAGGAGCAGGAGCGUGAACGGCGGAGGCAGGUUGUGGAGAAGUUCCAGAAGGCACCCUUUGAAGAGAUUGCAGCACACUGUGGGGCCCGGGCAUCACUGCUGCAGAGCAAACUCAAUCAGAUCUUUGAAAUCACCAUCCGGCCCCCCCCAAGCCCAUCAGGAACCAUCACCGCAGCCUACGGCCAGCCCCAGAACCACUCCAUCCCUGUCUACGAGAUGAAGUUUCCUGAUCUGUGUGUAUACUGAAUUUCAAGAGACAGAGCUACUCGGAGGGGUGGGGUCUGAGGGAGGGGCUCGCCCUCACACCUACCCCUACAACAUGGAAAUCUAACUGGGAUCUCAGAGAAAAAGCACCUGGGAUGGCAGCACCUCCCCAACUUAAGCAAGGUGGAGCCUCAGGCCCCCCUGGGCCCUCUCGCUUCCUCCUCGUCUUCCCUGAGGGAGAGCCGGCCACCUGCCCCUCUGGGGCCAAUAAGCAUCUCACCUGCACCCUUUGUCUCCUCCUUUGUGUCAGCCAGGGGCCAAGAAUCGUGGGGGCUCUCCAGAGAGAGGCGAAGGUCCCAAGAAGCUCCUACUUUGUGUAGCAAGUGAAGGGCUUUCGUGGGGAUGUGACAGGGUAGGGGGCACCGCUGCCAUUCUCCCAAGAGGGAACUAGACGGACACACAGUUGGUCAAAGGAAGCCACAGAUUGCCAUCAGAAGGAAGCAAGGCAAGCUCCUCUUGUAAAGCAGUGGCGUCUGAGAGCUGGAAGAUGGACCGGCUGCUCUCCUCCAAGCAUCCCCUCCCUCCUUCCCCACUGGAGGAUCCAAAGGCCCUUAAGUCUCUGGUGUCUCUUCCACUCUCCUGCUCACCCUACCAGUUGUCUCUCCGUGAUUCUUUCUAUUAUUAGUUAAUGGUGAGCCCUUAACACAAGAGCUGGCAUAGAGACACCAUGGGGGACAGCGAUAAAGGGGGCUGGCUCUCCACAGGCUGGGGGCUGGGUGGCUGGGCCAGGGAGCAUCAGUGUGGGCCUGCCUCCUGUAGAGGAGCAGCAGGCCGGCAAGGCCACGUCCUUCUGUAGCAUCUCCUCACCUCCUUUGUUCACAGGGAGCUGGUUGGGCCUGCCUGUGGUUCUCUCCCUUCUAGAUGUUUCUCUGAGUUGAAUUCUCUCUCUCUGAUGCUCUGAUUCCUGAGGAUCCCAACUUGUUUCUACAGCCUGUGGGUUGAGGGAGGACAGCACAAGGUAAUCUGGUUCUAGAUGACUCAAAAGGAGGAGGAGCUGCAGGGGCCCCAGGCCUGCCCACAUCACCUCCUAUGGAAGAGGCUUGGGCCUGGUUGGGUGGGGAGCUGGGGAGGAAAGCUGGGGGAGGAGUAGCUCUUUGUGGCUCAAGGAUGUCAGAAGUCAACCUUUUGGAUGUCUCAUUCGAGGAAAGAAGGAUCCAGCACCUAAUACCGGAAUGAUCUCUUCACUCUUUGGACAGAGCCUGGACGUCUGUGCCAACUCUCCAAGCUUGAGGCCUGGGGAGAGGUGGGGGAGACCCUGUGGGUUCUGGGUUCUCACUCUCCCGUGUGCCGUCUGCCCGUGUGCGGAGGAGGAACUCUGGCAGAGCCAGAGGCCUUUUGCUGCGCCCUCUCUGCUUCCCCAUCUCAUCCCCGCUCCGGGGGCCUUUAUGCCUCCAGAGCCACCUCCGGCACAACCUCACCGGGGCCUCCUCCCGUGGCAGCACCCUAUGGUCCAAAAUAGCCCUUUUCCCCUUUUCCAGUCAGACUUCCCACAACUUUUCUGAGCAGACAUAACUCACAGUAAGGUGUGAAUGGUCAAAUGAUUCCUCCCUGGGGAAUUUACUUUUUAAAAAGCGGGAGGGUGAGUAGAAUUCUUGACCCAAAUGAUCCCUUUUGAGGAUACAAUUUUUGGCAGUGUGGGGUGGGGUCAGAAGCAGGCUUUUCUGCCAGGGGGAGGGCAGGCUUCUUGGGACACCUGGGGUCACACUCCUGCACCUGGCCCUGCACAGAUGCACUGUGAAAGCCUGAUUAUUAGAACAGAGAGGGGUAUUUUCCCAAACUGGGAGAACCUUAACAUACGCAUUUUCCCACUACAUGUUCAAUAAAUUUCUUGGAUGGGGGGCUAUCUCACCUUUGUUCCUGUAGUUCCCACUCUUGGUCACUGCCUCUGUGCCAUGGGCCUGUGUCUUCCAGAUGGCCUGCGUGACUACAGGGCCCAGGGAGCCCAGCUCUGUGCUACCCCCGCCCCCCACUGACCCCCAGCUUUUUGCUGUGCUCUGGCAUUUGGCUAAUGCUCAACCCAACUUUACAAGCAUGAACUCAGAUUUCUUUUUACUUUAAUAUCUCUUUAUUAAAAAACCAAUUUUAAAAUAAUUUGAGACAAACUUGAAAGCAAAUAACCUCUGGAAGAAACGUUACAGGAAAUCUAAAUCUUGAGCCACAAACACGUCUUUCCUCACUGGAUCUUUCCAUCUUUAUCCCUGCCUGGCUUUGAUGACAAACCCUGUUUCUUGUGCCUACUUGACUUUAGGGUCCACCCUAUGGCAACUGCCCCCUGACCACCGCCCUCGGGGCCCAGCUUCUGGGACUUGAGAGUCAUGGCGCUGGAGCCUCUUUCUAGAACCAGAGACCUGCAGGUUCUUUCAGCUGUCUCCCCCUCAGCCCCACCCUGGGAACCGUGAGGAAAGAGGUGCAGGAUUCCCAUUCUUCACACGCUCAAUGCUGGCUCCUCUGCUUCUGUCCAGAGCAGCUCUUUCUUUACAUCACGUUGCUUAGCAAAGAUGUGCUUAUUUUGGAGAACUGGCUAUUUUUUGAGCACCCACCCUCUCCUCAGUUUCAGCUUACACUCGGUAGAAUAUUAGGUUGCCUGCUGACAUGGAGUAGAACCUGGGUUCUGGCUAAAUGUGCCUCAGAGUCAGAAAGUUUAAGGUGCAUGUUAACGUGAACAGACAUUUAGAUGAUAGGUUAAGCAGUCUCCUUCACCCGCCACAAGUCCUGGGAGAGAGGCAAAGCAGAGUUUGGUGGGUGCCCAGGCCCCGGUCCAGUGUCGCUGCUUCCUGCUUUGCAUGCCGUCUGGAGUCUGGCAGCACUGUGCAAUGUGACUGACCCUUUUUGCUCCCCUUCUCUGUUGUGAUUUUGAGCUCAGAGGAGCCAGCAAGCCCAUCCAGAUCAGCUGCUCCCCGAAGCCACUGAGGACUCUUGCUUCAUGGGCAAGGGGUAGGGUUGGCUAGUGCUCUGCUGAAAGAACUUAAUAGGCAUGAAUGUAUUUGAGAUUUGAAAGUUCUAUUAAUUUGGUUGAGUCACCUAAGUGUGUAAGAAGCAGGUCAGCAGAAGGCACCAAUGCAAUCCUGGAGGCUCCUUCUGUUUUCCUUGCAGUGGGGUCACCAGUGCCCUGUGUCUCUUCACAUUUCCUUUCUCUGAAAAGUAGAAAUAAGUGGUUUCUUGACUCCUAAACACCUCCUCGCCAGAGAAGGAGCCUGAGCAGGUCAGAAGAAGAACUAGAAAAGCCCUCAGAUGCUCUCCUCUGUCCCCCUCCAUCUCGUACACAAACAUAGAUGGAAGAGCAGUGAAAAGUGGGGCUGGGACUAUCUAAAGUGCUUGAAGAGGCUCAAGGGUCAUAUACGCGCUGCCCUUUGCUUGGGUGUUCUGGGUCCCAGAGGACAUGUUCCAGCUGGCCUAAGAACCAGAACAGCCUUGGGGUACCUUUAAAUGGCUCAAAGGCCAGACCUCUUGGCUUCUUUGGGGUCCCCUGGGUCAGAAUACCUUCCAGUUACUCUUCCAUUGUCCAGGCCUUCUGACCUGGGUACAGAGAGUAUCAUUGAGAAGUGAGGCUGUUUCUCCCAGUUCCUCUUCAUGACCAUAAAAUGGCAGCUGGCCACCUAGGGGCCUGUGGGAAAGGACUAGACCCGAGCUGUUAGGCUGAAUAUUAUGUUUGAAGGUAGACAGGGAGAUCGGCUCAUGGGGCAGGCCACGCCACUUCCCUUGACCCAUUGACCUUGCUGAAAUAAGGCAUUUUCCUUCCAUCUGGGGAGACAGUUUAGGGCAGUGAGUUGCUUCUUCAUCCCACUAACCCUAGAAAUCUUCAGGUUAAGGUGACCCCUUGUCUCAAAUCUGGCAUAGGUCUGAAGACUGCAGAAGGAUGGUCACAAUAGGCCUGGCCAGCUGGGGAAGUGGGGAGAAGUCACGGGGGCUGUGGGAGAGGCUCUGUGGUCUGUUGGAGCCAGAUGGCAGUUCUGUGUGCUCUCUUUCAGCUUCAGCCAGGUUGACCAGGUCUUUUCUCCUUCAGGGGACCUUGAGGCCUCAGCCCAUCAUCUUCCUCUUUAAGCUCUUCCUCCGUGACUGUUGAUUCCGGCCUGUGGAGUGCAGAGCUGUAAAUCCACAAAUGCUGCAGCUCACACCUUAUAAGUUGUCUGUGUCCAUUUAGACCUUCAUGACCUGGCUGAGCGUGUGUGUGCCCGUGUGUGUGCAUGUGUGUGUAAUGUAGUCCAUAGUUGACAAUGUAUGUAUAUAAUAGCUGACGUAUUUAUAUGGGAGCGCAGAAUUAGUGCCUGUGGCUGUUUUCUGUAUUUGAAAUUCAUUGAAUCAAAUUAGUUUUAAGGAAGGGGAAAGAGGUGUGGGGGAGUGUAGGAAGAAGGACUCUUAGUAAGAUCAUUCUUCACCACUAUUAGUCGGGAUUUCCCAAUGAGCCUUCAUGAUGCCCUUUUCAAAUAAAUGUUAAUGUUGUCACCACA